CAUGUAACGAGCUGCUCAAAAUACACGAAACUGCUUUUUCAAGCAGCAGAUAAGGAUUUCGCUUAACACUGGAAGCUGUGUUUAGUCAAAAGAGUCCAGAAUGAGUGGAGGUUUGGCACCAAGUAAAAGCACAGUGUAUGUGUCCAACCUGCCGUUCUCCCUCACAAACAAUGACCUGCACAAGCUGUUCACCAAAUAUGGGAAAGUUGUAAAGGUUACAAUCAUGAAGGAUAAAUUCACUCGCCAAAGCAAAGGAGUGGCAUUUGUUCUCUUCCUGGACAGAGAAUCAGCUCAUAAUUGUGCAAGAGCAAUAAACAACAAACAGUUGUUUGGCAGAACAGUAAAAGCGAGCAUCGCGAUAGACAACGGCCGAGCCACUGAGUUUAUAAGGAGAAGAAACUACACAGACAAAUCUAAAUGCUACGAAUGUGGGGAUACAGGUCAUUUGAGCUAUGCAUGCCCCAAAAACAUGCUGGGAGAGAGGGAACCCCCGAAGAAGAAAGAAAAGAAAAAGAAGAAAAAAGCUGAUCAAACUGAGCAUGUUGAAGAAGAAGAGGAAGAAAGUGAAGAAGAGGGAGAGGAUCCAAAAUUAGACAGUCUGAGCCAAGCCAUAGCUUUUCAGCAAGCCCGAAUCGAGGAGGAGGAAGAGGAGACAAAGAGGAAACAGGCACGAUUAUCUGAAGAUGAUGGUGAUCUUGCUUCAACAUCGGCAGACUCGAAGAAGCCGAGGAUCAAAAAGAGCGCCUACUUCAGUGAUGAGGAGGAGCUCAGUGAUUGAUAUUAAUAAUAUAAGUUUGGACAUGACUUAAAGGUUAUUUGUCCUGAAUUGCAUUAUUUUUGUACAAUUUCUUUGUCAAAAGGUAAGGCAAGGAAAAUGGCUCUGUUGCUCUUGUAAAGUCUGAUAGAUUAUUCUUAUCUGUCUGUUUUAUAUCUUUUCUUAUUUAAUGUGUGUUUGGUUGUCAUUGUUGGGCAA